AUGUCUUCUUAUCCCAUAGAGGUUCACACACACGAUGGUGAUAUUCUUCGAACUGACAUCUCCAGCAUCACAUUGAUGUUCUUUGACACUGUCGUAGCCGAGCUGUCAUACAAAUGUGGAACUUUCGAACAUUUUGAAUAUGAAGAUGAAGAUGGCGAUCACAUUGCUAUACGGAGCGAUGAUGACAUGCCUUCUUUCAAAGCUUUCCUUGAACAAGAGCAGAUGGCUGUCAUUUGGCUAGUGAAAUCGUCGCCUAUGAUUCUUGACGAUAUACCAGCCAUCAUUCCUUCAGAUCUAAAGCAUCUGAAUCUCAUAUCACAAGGACAAUUUGGCAGUGUUUACAGAAGCAUACACAUACCUUCUGAUCGUGUCCUUGCUGUGAAAUGUGUCUCUCUGGAUAACUACGGUAUGCAACGAGAUAGUGCAAUUAGUGAAUUAGCCCUUAUCAAAAAGUGUUCGUCUUGUGCGUAUAUAACAGACCUUCUUGGAGCUUAUAUGGAUUCGCAGAUGUUGUAUAUUUGUUUGGAGUAUAUGGAUGGCGGUGCAGUGGGGAAUUACGAACCGAUCCCUGCUGAAGUUUUGACCUAUGUUAGUCGAAGCAUUUUUGAAGCUCUACGGUAUAUGUGGAACAACAAAAUCAUUCAUCGAGUUGAGUAUUUUUAG